UUUUCUUUUUUUUUUGAAUGUCCACUUAGGAACAGGUCCUGAGCUGGGUAUUUAUUACACAUUAUACCAUUCAAUCACACAGCAGUCUUUUUUGUGUUUUGUUUUGUUUUGGGGUGCUUACUGGGGUAGGUAGGAUCUUAGUUCCCCAACCAGGGAUCAAACUCCACCUCCAUUGGAUCUUCCAGCUCCUUGCAUUGGAGGCACAGUCUUCAUUACUGCACUGUCAGGGAUGUCUGGACUGUGUGUUUUCUGAAGGGAAAGACCGUCUUCUUGCAUCAUCAGGAUCUAACUGGGACCUGUCAUGCAGUGAGAGGAAUCCAGCUGAUAUGAAAUGAAAUGACCAAGAGUAGUUGGGUGUUGCUCUCAGCACAGAAGAAUAGGCCGUAGUCAUUUAGUGGCACAAGACAGAGACUGCAUUUGCAGUUUUUCCAAGCCUUCUUUUCAUGUAUUUAUCUCUAGUGUUACAUAAUCCGUUAACUGUUCUGAUAGGAGAUGUCUUCACAAAUGGCAAAUCUGCUUCUUUUUUUCAUGGGUAUUUACACAGGGAAUUUGCAGUCUUGGUCAGUUCCCAGACUGGCUGAAGUCUUUGAUGUCAGCACUGAUGUGAUCCGAAGGGUUUCAGAAAGCAAAUUUGUACCCACAUUGGAACAGAAACUGAAGCAGGAUCAAAAAGUCCUUAAGAAACUGGACUUGCCCACUCAUUCCAGGAGCUCCCAGGCCCUGGAUUCCUCAAAACGACUUUCUGCAAGCCAGUCUGCAUCAGGCUGUUUGCUGAUGCCUGGGGAUGAAGCCUCAUCCAAAGGCCAUGGUCACAGCACAGCUUUGAAAGCCAUUGAAUUGAACACUCACAGUACAGAUAUACCAAGGAUACAGAAGGAAAGGAAUAAAGGAGUCCAGGGCCUGGAGGAGGGCAAGUGUUUAGUGCCUGUUGCUGCUGCUCUAGGUCACCCCACCAGCAAUUGUGGGGGAGCGAGAGGAACUGACAGUGAUGGACUGCCCUGCGACCAGAGGUUGGAAGAGCUGAAGGCAGGGGACCCAAGUGACCAGAUCUUCAGCAACAGAGUUGUGCAGAGGGAACGAGAGUUUUUCAACAGCAAUGGGAACUUCCUGUACCGAAUCUGA